AUACGGACUGUCAGGUCAAGCUUGAGUGAUCACGGACUAUUUGUCCCCCAUAAGUUUCAUAUGAUUGGUUUGAUACAUGUCCAUACAUAGUCCGCCGAGAUGUGCAACCUUCCUUCUUUUAUGUGUACACACAUCUUUCUCCUGACGAUGUUGAAACACAACAGCCAAAUAUUGCCGGUCCAUUUGGAUCYCUUAACUUUUUUACGAUUUUGUUAAAAUAUAUAUAAACGAGACGAGGCCACUGCAUGUCAAGAAAAGUGCUGGUUGUUGUUUUACUUUUCUAAACUACCAAUUGUGUUUCUCUUAUUGUUUCGAGAAGCAACGUAUUUCUGAGUACGCCAAAUAAGAAAGGUGAUUUUUUUUACCCUCACCUCGACUUUUUACCCUCACUCUCGACUUAUUACCUCGACCCUCGACUCUCGACUUUUAGGUACACUMAAGAUUUGGUAAUAAGCAGGGAGCGUCAAUAAAUUCAUUUAAAUUUAUUCAUGGUAUUUCUAAUCUUGAAUUGAUAAAGAGGGCUCCCUUUUAAAUAAAAUGAGGGCAAGAUAUCGUUACAAGGAUCACUAAUAGACCCCUUGCAUGUGACGUCAAAGCAGCUUCAUCUGGAGGGCAAAACAAAAGAUUUUUAUCCUCUUGGGAACUAGAAUCCAUUGUUUAAUUUUGUCCUCCAGUUGCAGCUGCAUUCCCCUGAACUGCAAGGGGUCUAUAGUGCUAAACGUUUAAUGUUUCCACUCUAACAGUAAUAAAUAUUCAAGAACGUAUAUACYUGCAUGCAACCAAUCAACCAUGAAUAUGCAUCAUAUAUCCGUCAAAAAUAGUAGUUUUACAAUUUAUGUAAAUAUACGAGKUUUUUUUAGUGGGGUAAUCCCCAGAUUCCAUAAAAAAUGAUCCUUGUUCCAAGAAUUAAAGGAAGCUACUGCGCAUGCGAAUUCGUUGAAAUUUCUGGGAAGCAGGUCGUUUCGAAGCUUUGUUUACAUCAUCUUGGUAAUUGUCAGGUAGCAAAAUGGAAUCAAGGUUUCAGCAUUGCAAAUCUUUCACUCUAACCUUGUUUGAAGAGGAUUUUAUCAAUAUCGGUAAGCUGGUCAGUAAAUUCCCAAAUCAAGAGACUGGUGGAAACCUAUUUGGUCUAUGGACAAACCAAGGGAACGCUGUUGUCUUCGUUUCUACGGGGCCAGGCGAGAACUGUACUCGAAGCCCUGCAUCGUUCUUCCAGGAUGUAAAUUACAUGGGUCGAAUAGGAAACUUAUUGACAAGCACAUAUCCCUUGUGUCAUAUAGGUGAAUGGCAUUCUCACCACAGACUAUCAUUGCUAAAUCCAAGCGAAGGAGACUGUAAUACCAUAAGACGAAAUUAUCCACAAGGAUCCCAAGGCUUUGUACUUAUCAUUGCAAAUAUCAUCCAGGGCGGACAAGUCAAGCUAUCGCCAUAUAAAUUUACUGACGAAGUAUCAGCAUACCAAGUGGGAGAAGUUGAAAGUUUGCCUACAAAGAAUCCUUUUAACCACGUGGAUAUAAUAAGGUCAGCUAUAAAUGAAGGUAAAGAGGUUAUACCAAAACAACCAAGAGAGUUUUCUUAUCUGGAAGAACGCGAUAGGACUAUAAGAAGUCGCCAAAGAGGAAAUGAUUACGAUACCAAAGAUCGACUACGUAGUCGUUCACGAUCACCACAAAAAAAUCCCCAGAGAUACCAUCCAGAGAGAAUUCCAGAUAGAGAUCAUCAACUCAAAACCUCCCAAACCCAGAUUCCUCGGCCUCCUUCCUAUCCAAGAGAUCGAGAUAAUAAAAGAAUUUCUCGAGCAUCUGGAAUUCGGAAUACGUCCCCGAUAAGGAAUGAAAAUCAUCAAGGUACAGUACAGUUUAACGGGACAGCGAUCCACAGUCAGGCAAGUCUAGCAGAGAGGAAUAAUCAUUUGACGUCUAUCGAAAAGCCUUGGUAUGAUCAAGAUGAAUUCGUGUUGCGAGAAACAUUGUCUUUCAUAAGUGAAUUCGCAGUUGAUAACAAAGUUAAAAUUGAAAGGGACAGACAUACAAUGAAAGUGUCGCUUGAAUUCCAUCAUUCCCAAUAUAAGUGGAUAGUUCAAUUCCCUAAGGAUUUUCCUCGMAGUGGAACUGUUAUACUCAAAAAGGAAUCGUCCAUCCCACAAAAUAUUUUUAGUAUUUGCUUGCGCGGAGGUUUCGAUAGUUUUAUGUCUGUCUUCAAAAAAACUUUCAAGAAAAAUUGCUUGUGUUUUUAUUGCCGAUAUUUAAAAURAAUGUGGGUUGUACUUUUAGUCUAGCAUGCGUUGUGUCCAAAGCWCUAAUAGGCUAAUAUGAACGCCUGAUAAUAGAUUGAUUGUAAUCAAAAUUAAAUGGAUAUAAUCACCAUAUAUUAUAUAUAUUAAAUGGGCGCGCGGAGAUACGGAAUUUAUCUUCGACUGUUGAAGACAUCUCUCACGAGCGAAAGUAAAGCGACCAUGUAAUAUUCAGCUGAUCAUAUGAUUAUAUAUAAAAGCAAAUAAUGUUG